AUGGACGUCGCCGCGUUCCUCGCCGCGUCGAAGGCGCAUCCCCCGCCGAGAGCGGACGGCUCCGACGAUCCGUCGAGCCCGCCGAUGACAACGUUCGCGUACGGCACCGCGGGGUUCCGCCUCCCCGCCGAGCUCCUCGACUCCACGAUGUUCCGAUGCGGCGCGGUCGCGGCGAUCAGAAGCGCCGCGACCGGCGCCGCGACCGGCGUCGUCGUCACCGCGUCGCACAACCCAGAGCGCGACAACGGCGCGAAGCUCGUGGACUUUCACGGCGGCAUGCUCCCGCCGCGAUGGGAAGCGAUGGCGGAGGCGCUCGCGAACGCGGACGGAGACGCGGAGACGACCGCCGCGCUCGAGGCGUUGAUCAACGACGACGCCGCCGCCGCCGACGACGGGAGUGCUCAUCACCACGUCGCCGCCGCCGUCGCCGGGUCGACGCCGCCGACGGUGUACCUCGCGAGGGACACGCGCGCGAGCGGCGAGGCGUUGGCGGCGGCGGUGCGGUCAGGACUUUGCCCGGCGCGUCUCUCCGCCCAUCCCUUGCGUUCAAUACCCGCCCUCGGCGCCUUUCAACUCCACCUGACGCCUUUCAACUCCACCCCAACAUUCGCACCUGUCCGCGCGGAAGGGAUCGCCGCCGCGGGGGCGCGAUGCGUCGACCUCGGUCUGAUGACGACGCCGCAGCUGCACUACGUCGUGUACGCGGCGAACCGAGGGAUGCCGUGCGGGGAGGAGGAUUACUUCGAGCGGCUCGCGGGCGCGUUCAAGACGCUCGCGUCGUCGUCGACCGCGACAGCUGGCGACGAAGACGCCGACGAUCGAACGGAGAUCGAGACCGAGACCGUCUUCGUGGACUGCGCGAACGGCGUCGGCGCGGCGAAGCUCCGGACGCUCGCGUCGCUCCUCGGACCGGAGAUGCUUCCGCUGUCGCUUCGAAACGUCGGCGGCGAGCCCGGCGACGCGCUGAACGACCGCGUCGGCGCGGAUUUCGUGCAGAAGGAAAAACGCGCGCCGACGCGCGGCGGCUUCGACGCGUUGCCCCCCGGCGCUCGGUGCGUCAGCGUCGACGGCGACGCGGACAGGCUCGUGUACUUCACGAAGAAGCGCGCGCGCGCCGGCGACGACGACGACGACGCGGACGCGGACGCCGCCGCGGUGUCGCUGUUCGACGGGGAUAAGGCGCGUUCUACACACCGGUCCCCGUACGACCGCGUCGGCGUGACCGCGUACGCCAACGGCGCGAGCACGGCGUUCGUUCAGGAGUCGCUCGGACUCGAGACCAGGUGCACGCCGACCGGGGUCAAGCACCUGCACCCGGUCGCGGAGAGCUUCGACGUGGGCGUGUACUUCGAAGCGAACGGGCACGGCACCGCGGUGUUCUCGGACGAGGCGACGGCGGCGAUCGACGACGCGGCGGCGCGGUGCGCGGCGGACGCCGACGCCGCCGAAACUGAUAACGGCCCUGAAACCGAAACCGAAACCGAGACCGAGUCGUCGAAAGCGUUGCGGGAGCUUCGAGCGCUGACCCGCGCGAUCAACCCCGCGGUCGGGGACGCCCUGAGCGGCGUCCUCGUCGUCGAGGCCAUCCUCCGCGCGCGAGGGUGGGGCCUGGACGACUGGGACGCGCUCUAUCGCGACCUGCCGUCGAGACAGUCGAAGGUUUCGGUGAGAGACCGCGCGGCGAUAACGACGACGGACGCGGAGCGCCGAGCGACGACGCCGGAGGGGAUGCAGGACGCCAUCGACGCGGCGGUGCGGAUGGCGGGGAGCUCCGCGCGCGCGUUCGCGCGACCGAGGCGCGUCUCUCGCUCGCUCGUCGACCCUACUAGCCUCUCUUUCGUUUUUCUCUCCCCGCCGCUCGCGCCCGGUCUGGUUGGUGGUUUCGGUUUCGCCGGCACGGAGGACGUCGUCAGGGUGUACGCCGAGGCGGCCACGGACGCGGAGGCGGACGCGCUCGCGAGGGAGGUGUGCAGGAUCGUGCACGCGCGCGCGGGAGGGGUGGGGGAUCCCCCGUGA